AUGGAUGGAGCAAGAAAUGAAGAGGGUCUCAUUCAUCAACAAGAUCUCGAGCAACGUGGGCGGCUGCGUCCUGAGGCGGCCGCCCACGCCCUCGAGCCCUCUCCAAGGUGCCCGCGGUGCGACUCCACCAACACCAAGUUUUGUUACUACAACAACUACAGCCUCUCUCAACCAAGAUACUAUUGCAAAUCUUGCCGGAGGUAUUGGACUCACGGCGGAACCCUAAGGAACGUCCCCAUCGGCGGCGGCUGCCGGAAAAGCAAGCGCCCGAGGAUUUCAUCCCCCUCUUCGCCUCCGCCUCUUCCGAGGCCAAGAGCCGUGGCCGCAGCGAAUCCGACAGCUGUCGUCACGAUGGCCGGCGGCCCGUUUUUUUCCUCCUUGGCUGCAAUGCAGUCCGUUGGGAUCAAUCAGGGGGCGGCGGCGAUGGGUGGAGGAAGUCGUUUCGGUUCGAAUAUGGCCCUUUUGCAAGGGAUGAUGAAUUCUCCGGCGCGUCUACGAUCUCCGCUGCCGGCAAAUUUUUAUCCGCCGCAGCAAAACUUAAUUCAGCCGGGGAGUUUUAGUUCUUGGACUCCAAGCGUGAGCAACGUCGGCGCUACCAGCUCUUCGGCUGCAUCUGCGGCCGGAAUCUGGAGCAGCGGCGGUGGCGAUCGAGCGGGCUCUUCGUUUGGUGCCAGUCAAUGGUCCGACUGUAAUCGAUCCGGCGCGUUUGAUUCUUCUGAAUGA